GCUAACCUCAGCAAGGCACACCAGAGUACCAGACGUCAAGACCACCAGACAACCUGACCUGCCACCGGGCCGGAGCCCCAUUUGAAAAGUUUGCGACGGAGGAAGAGAGAAGCUGAGCUGAACGCCAGUACUCAACGGCUGCCGAGUGCCGAUCGAGUGGCGACGACCAUGGCUUCCCUGCGGGAAACCGGGCGGCGCCUCCUCUGCUGCUUCUUCCUCUGCCUCUCGCUGUCCGCGGCCGCGCGCGCGGCGACGCUAAACCACGAGUGGGAGAUCAGCUACCAGUUCAAGUCCCCCGACUGCGUGUGCAAGCUCGCCGUCACCAUCAACGGGCAGACUCCCGGCCCGACCAUCCGCGCCACGCAGGGCGACACCGUCGUGGUCAGGGUGAGCAACUCGCUGCUGACGGAGAACGUGGCCAUCCACUGGCACGGCAUCCGGCAGAUCGGCACGCCCUGGGCCGACGGCACCGAGGGCGUCACGCAGUGCCCCAUCCUCCCCGGCGACGUCUUCACCUACACCUUCGUCGUCCACCGCCCGGGCACCUACAUGUACCACGCCCACUACGGGAUGCAGCGGUCGGCGGGGCUCUACGGGCUCAUCGUCGUCGCGGCGGCGCCCGGCGCGGAGCCGUUCGCGUACGACGGCGAGCACGAGGUGCUGCUCAACGACUGGUGGCACAACAGCACGCACGAGCAGGCGACCGGGCUCGCGUCCGUGCCCAUACGCUGGGUCGGGGAGCCCCACUCGCUGCUGAUCAACGGCCGCGGCAGGUUCAACUGCUCGGCGGCGGCGGCGGGCACCUGCGACGCCACCCUCCCCGAGUGCGCCGCGCCGGUGUUCGACGUCGUGCCCGGGAAGACGUACCGGUUCCGCAUCGCCAGCCUCACAUCCUUGUCUGCUCUCAACUUUGAGAUCGAGGGCCACCCUAUGACUGUGGUUGAGGCCGACGGGCACUACGUAAAGCCGUUCGUCGUGGACAGCCUCAGCAUCUACUCCGGCGAGACCUACUCCGUGCUCAUCAAGGCCGACCAGGACCCCAACCGCAACUACUGGCUCGCCUCCAACGUGGUCAGCCGCCAGCCCGGGACGCCGACGGGCACCGCCGUCCUGAGCUAUCUCGGCGACCCGCGCAGCCCGCCCCCGACGCCGCCGCCCGCCGGCCGGGCCUGGAACGACACCAUGUACCGGUUCCAGCAGAGCGUGGCGACGGUGGCGCACCCGGCGCACGUCGAGCCCCCGCCGCCGCGCGCCGACCGCACCAUCCUCCUGCUCAACACGCAGAACAAGAUCGACGGGCGCAUCAAGUGGGCCCUCAACAACGUCUCCUUCAGGCUCCCGCACACGCCGUACCUGGUGGCCAUGAAGCGCGGCCUCCUGGGCGCCUUCGACCAGCGGCCGCCACCGGAGAAGUACGCGCACCAGACGUACGACAUCUACGCCAAGCCGCCGAACCCGAACGCGACGACCAGCGACGGGCUCUACCGGCUGCGGUUCGGGUCGGUCGUCGACGUGGUGCUGCAGAACGCCAACAUGCUGGAUGACAACAAGAGCGAGACGCACCCGUGGCACCUGCACGGGCACGACUUCUGGGUGCUCGGCUACGGCAUCGGCCGCUUCGACCCGGCGGUGCACCCGGCGACGUACAACCUCAGGGACCCCAUCCUCAAGAACACGGUGGCCGUGCACCCCUACGGCUGGACGGCGCUGCGGUUCAAGGCCGAUAACCCAGGAGUGUGGGCGUUCCAUUGCCACAUCGAGGCUCAUUUCUUCAUGGGGAUGGGCGUUGUCUUCGAGGAAGGGAUUGAGCGGGUCGCCGAGCUCCCGCGGGAGAUCACGGGGUGCGGGAAAACAAAGGGUGGCCACUGAUGAGCGUACAGUUCUUUGUUGUAUCAUGUGAUUAGCAUGUAAGAUAAUCUUCCUGCAGCUUCGACAUUUUUCUAGUAGUUAAGAUUCUUUUGUUUGUCAAUAUUAGCGACUAAGAUAUACUAUAGCCAACACUGACAAUCUGCUUUGUCAUUGUACCGCCGUUGAAUCGUUGCUAUGUGCAUACAUAAUCCAGAGGAUGAUGAGUCAGGUUUGAAGGUUUUUA